AUGGUCGAUGACAACCCCAAUGACAUCACCACGAGCAAGGGCCAGUUUCUGUGGCGUCAGCGCAUCGCCACGGAGAGGAGCCAUUUUCAGCCCAACAAGAAGGAGAACUUCUCCGUGCGGAGUGCGCUUCGUGUUCUUGAUGUGCCUUCGCGGUUUAAGCCCGGGCAGAUCGAUCCAGCGGAUCAGACGGGACCGGUGCAAGGCCUCGACAGCGUUACAGAGCGCUACCUGCGCGCAGACAUAGCCUCCAAGCUCCGGGUGCCGGCCGAACAGCUUCUUUGGCCCGAGACGGCGCAGCACGAGGUGGGCUGGCUAGCGAGAGCACAUGGACCAGGCCUCCCCUACGAAGAGCGUAGUACCAUGGCCGGUCUCCCGCCGCGCCUUGGCGUCGGCUGGUCGGAUGCCCGGUCGCCGAACUUGAACCCAAAGGGCACGCAGGACAUUGCGCUGGAGAGUUCGUUGAUCAAUGUCAUGGCGAUGAAGAAGGAUGACCUCAUCUCCAAGUGGCUCGGCACGCGGCAAGCACGCCACCCGAAACUGGAAGGCGUUCUCCCGCCCCUCGCAGAGCCGGAGCCCUCGCAGCCGUCGAAGCCAAAGAAGGCCAAAAAAUCAAAGCAGAGGAUGCAAGAGCGCUGGCAGCAGCUGCAGGACAAAUGGGCUGAAGAGAAGCAGAAGCGAAAAGAUCGGCGCAGGCAGAAGCUGCAAGGCGCGGUAGCCGUUGAGGAGCCGGAGCCCGAGCUUCACACGCAGCUCCUAUGGAUGAUCGCCCGGAAGCAUGGUGUCCCGCAGGCGAUGAGCAUCGUCGGUGCAAGCCUUCAAUGGCUCGCCACACUACCUCCAGGCAGUGGAGGACCGGAGGUCCAUGUGCAGCCACUGCCGCGGCAGCGCAUGGAUCCGCGCCAGCGGUGGAGGCAGGCCGCCAUGAAGGCCCUGCAGCUCCCGGACCCGUGGAAAUCCUACAGCUUGAAGCAGUUGCCCCUGGAGCACGCCCAGCGACGGCGAUGGGACCCCGUGCGAAAAGCUUGGGUCACCUCUGACGUCUUGGUCCGGUUCGAGAAGGAGCCUUUCGCCAAAGGGUCCAUGCGCGUUUGUCAUCGCAUGCGGCGAGAGCCAGACCGUUCGAACUGGGUGGCCAAGCGGUACAUUAGUGAUCCCGACCUCUCCGUCCUCGAAAGCGAUGUGAUCAUGCAGAUGAUCGCCAAGAGUUACGGCGACCGCUUCAACUCUUGUUCGCCACCGAAGAAGGUGGACUUCGUGGAAGCAUCGGUGCUUGCUGUCCUUGAGCGACCCGGUCAGCGGCGGGACUUUGCAGUGGAGGCCUUCUUGGAUGGAAGCUUCACGAAGCAUUCCAGCAACUCAGGUUUCGUGGCGGACGAGGUCGUAAGGAACACUCCCCACGCCUUUUCGCACUACACAUUCGAAGCUUCUGCCGGCGAGCAGAUCGUCGUGGACAUCCAAGGUGUCGACGACUUGUACACAGAUCCGCAGAUUCACACUGCUGCAAGCUCUGCCAGCUUCGGACGAGGAAACAUGGGCAUCCGCGGGAUUGCACUCUUCUUUGCCAGCCACCGCUGCAACAGCGUUUGCCAUCAGCUCGGUCUGACACCGUUUGCGCAUUCCCCGAUGCCAGGCGACGGAGCAGCGACCGAGUACGGGAGGGAUGCCGAUGCGGCUCCCGACGAGGACGUGGUGAUUCGGGCAGAGCCUUCAUCGCUGGUGCUGGCAGUGGGCAAAGGAAAGAACUCCCGAGCUGAAAUCUACCGCCACGUCCACUUCGCCUUGGCUAUGCUGCAUGCGCGGCAUGUCCAAGCGAACGCCGAGUUCAUCGGCCACAACGUGCUCACCUCGCCGGCGCAAGGCCUCUUCCACCUACAGGUGUCGGCCCAACUCGGGAGCAUUCCAGGUGCGCUGGCGCUGGCGUGCCUGCAUCUCAAUAUUCGACCCCGAAAGGGCGUGCUACGAGCCCUGGGGACCUCCUUGCAGCGGCCUCUCACGCUCGACGAGAGCGCUGCGUUCCCGUACAUCCUGCAAGCUGCCGAGAGCGGCGUGGCGAAAGCCAUGGCCGCCGCCGCUUACGCCUACGAGCGAGGAUUGGGUUGUGCCGUUUCUGCCACCGACGCGGUGUUCUGGUACCGCAAGGCGUUGACAGCUCUCAGCACGCAGGAGGAUGACACGGAGGAGGACCGCGAAGCUGAACGACUGCCCGGCGGAUCGCAAGAACAGUCUGAGAUCCUCCGGGCUUUGGCGCAUCUUUACGAGCUCGGCGGCGGAGGCUUGGCGCCCAAUCCCAGGUUGGCUUGGCAGUUUCAAGUUCUGUCCAACAACAGGUCCCGCUUGGAGUCGGCCGACAGCGAGGAAGAGUCCUCGCCAGCGGACGAGGGGCGCGUUGCCCAAGCCGCAGAUCGGAGCCGCGUCUUCCUAAACAAGCCGGGCCAUCCUUGGUUCAAGCCGAAAGGCAGCUGCGACGUGGUCGAAUUUGGCAAUGCCUACGCAAAGUCCUGGGGACGAAGCGUCUUCAGCCAACCCAAGGUUCCCGUUCCCGCUCCGACGAUGGCAAGCCCAAAGCCUGACGGCUCGUAG